AAGCCGCUGUUUCCAUGGCAGUAGCGCAGCAUCCCACCAUCUCGAGACAGUCAGCGCCGCGGCGGCUAGCCAAGUAACUGGAGAAAUGAUGUAGCUCGACAGUCAGCAGCUUACACUUUAUAUGAAUAUAUAUUUAUGUCUGACGUUGCUGUUAGCCUGCUGAUGUUAGAUACAGCGAUGACGACCAAAGCCAACCGUUUUAACUCCACCGUCUCCGUUGACGAGUACCUCGCGGAGACUAACGUGCUGUUCUACCUGAGCGAUGCGGUGACGCAGCUGUUGGAACAUAAAGAGGAAUACACCCAGUUUGGGGUGAUUCGCUACUUCGCUGAGUAUUUCAGCAGUGUGAAGAACAGUAACCACGUCCUCUUUAGAGAGUUUAACUACAUCAAGGCGACUCCUCACAACAGAGCCUCCUUCAUCAGAGUCUUCUGGAGGUGCUACAGACAGAUCGGCAAGAGUGGAGACUUACUGUCCAUGCUGGAGUACAGGUCUCUGCUUCAGUUACUGUGUCCUGACUUCCCUGUGGAGACGGUGCAGAGUGCAGCCAGGAUUGUUCUGAUGGACGACGCCAUUGACUUUCUGAUGUCUUUCUCCGACUUCCUCUUCGCCUUCCAGCUGCAGUUCUACUACCAAGAGUUCUUGGACAGUGUCCUGGUGAUCUACCAAGAUCUGUUAUCAGGGAAGAGUCCCAACACAGUGAUUGUCCCGACCUCGACCUCCAUGGAGCAGCUCCCCCCUGUGGCGGCAAAGGAGAAUGACAAAGAGGGGCAACAACAAGAUGGAGUGGACCCAUCCACGCUGGCAGAGUGUAUAGAUGCCCUGUGUGACAGGUUUAAACAUAGUUUUCCUCCCAGGUCCUGCAUGAGAGAAAUACUGGAUCAGGUUGACAAAAUCUCAUACUACAGCUUCUUAAUGAGCCUGGCUAAACAUGACACCAUCAACCACAACAUAGGAGCGCUGCCAAACAAGUCCGAGUUGCUGAUUGACCCAGAGAUGGAUCAGGAGCUGGACAAACUUAUUUCCCAGAUCUCAGUGAGUCCAGGCAGCAACAGCAGUGGCAGCGCCGUGGGGGGAUUAAAGGAGGUGCAGAAGAAAGCCUCGCCGAGGAGGAACAUCCACCACAGGAGGAAGAUGGAGGUGGAGAGUGACGGCUCCACGGAGGAGACCGACUCCUCCGAAAACUGACCUUUCAGUCUUUAACCUUCCAGUUUCUCCUCUCUGUGACCUGCCAUCUGCUGUCUUGCUCCAGAAACUCUCAACAGAAUGUUAAUUGUGUGCUUUUCCCAGUAAGGAGAAGUGUAACGAAUUGCUAUUUCAGUUUCUGUAAUAAUACAUCAUUUGCCACUCCAUAAGGCAUUACUUUAUUAUGAUGAAGUUGUUGUUUUUUUUAAAGAUUAACAAUGAUGUGGAUAUUAUUUUGAGGCUGCUAAGUUAUAUUUUGUGCUGAUAUUUAAUAUCUUUACCUUCGACCAUUUUCAUGUCAAAAACAUCUCUCAAAAAUUUCAAGUAUUUAGUGUUUCCUCUAUGAAUUUUAGUCUUGUCAAGGUGAAAAGCCUCUGGAAGGAGCUGGAAAUGUGAAAUGGUAGAAGGUUGACUUUCUUUGGGUGGGAAUAUUCUCACUUUACCAAGUCAGAUGCUGUUUGGAAACUGACUUACCAUGAUUUUUAGAAGAGAGCGAGGAUGCCCUGUUAAGGUGUUAAGGAAAAGCUGUGCAUUGAGUUCCUGUCUCUGUUGUUUCUGUUUCUGUUUCUGUAACUGUAGAUUUGUGUUUUUCCAACCUUAACCCUACAGGGCAUUUAUGAAGGGAGACAUGAACACAGAUGCAGCUCAUUUUUGGAGGAAAAAUGAAUCCUCUCCCUGUCUGCCCUUCAGAAUUUCCAGCUCAAACUUGAGCCCUCUAUGUAGUAUUUAUUUAUUUAAUACACAUUCACUGAUGGAGAGAGCAAUGCGAUUUGAAGUCUCAUGAGUGCAUGUGAUGCAAAAUGUGUGAGGAUUAUUACUGAUGUCAUGAGUAAUAAAGAUAUAACUGUGA